AUGCUCACAAUCUCUAUAAUUGCGCAGAAAGGUGGGAGCGGAAAGACGACGGUGGCUCGUUGUCUCGCCGUCAGCUUUGAGCUGUCGGGGCGUUCGGCAGCGAUUAUUGAUCUUGAUCCGCAGGCAUCGGCGACGCUUUGGGGGGACCGGAGGGGGGAAGAUAAUCCGCCUGAAGUCAUCUCGACCGCCCUGCCGUUGCUGGAUAAGACCUUGGCCGCGGCCAAGGCUUCUGUAGAUGUAGUUUUGAUCGACACUCCUCCCAAGAGUUCAGAGGCGGCUUUGGCCGCUGCUAAGGCAGCAGAUCUAGUGUUGAUUCCGUGUCGCCCACAGAUUGACGAUAUCGAAACACUUCCGGCAACUCGCCAACUUCUAGAGCUCGUGGGGAAAGGGGAUCGAUCGUUUGUAGUGUUGAAUAGCGUGCCGUCCUAUCGACCCAGAACAGAGGAAGCUAUGGAGUCGAUUAAGUCCCACCCGAAGGGAUCGUUUGAUGUGUGUUCGGUGACGUUUGGUCAACGGGCUGCUUUUGGGGACUCGUCGGUCGUUGGCCGGACGCCGUCGGAGUUCGAUCCGGAUGGAAAAGCAUCAGAAGAAUGUGAGAAACUUCAUAAAUUUGUUAAGAAGAUUGUGAGUAUGUGA